AUGUGUUGUUACGAUUUUGACAGAAGUCUAAGCCAAAAGUGCAGUCAACAAACAGAAGAAAAUGAACAAACCAAGAAUCAUGAGAUUGAGGAACAAACAGAAAUUUUAAAUUCUGAAUCUUGCACUCAGUGUCCUGUGCUUGUUGGAGAGGAUACAGGGAUAGGGGCUAAGGAGUUAUGUGUAGACCAUGAUAUUUCUACUGAUUCUACUCUAAGAGGAAAUGAUCCAUUAGAAAAUCAAGCGCAGGUGUCUGGAAGCUCAGAGUCAGAAGUACAGGCACUUGUGUGUACAGAGAGUCCUCCUGAAGAUUUUCCUACAUGUCCACCUUCUGACAUUGAAGAACACCAACCAGUGUCCAGUCCCUUGGGUGAAGUAUCUGAUAACACUGCACCAGUGGUUAGUGAUGAAAGAACAGAGGAGAGUCUUAUAGUAGAAUGUACUGAUUUGAACAAUUCUGCAGUUAACACAGAAGCAUUUGUAGAGAGCCCCAAAACGGAAUCUUCUGAAGGUGAAAUUCCACACAGACUGGACAGACACUGUGUUCCCAGCUCAGACACGGAGUUGCCUGAGCAUAUUCAAACAGAAAAUACAGAAAUAAUUCUAACAUGUGGCACUUCAGAAAAUGAAAGUUCUGGUGUUGUUCAAGAUUGUGACGAUAACUUACUAAAACAUAAUCUUGACAAAUCCUUAGAAGAAAAGACAGAAUCUCUGGUUGGACAUCCCAUCCACGCAGAGUUACCUCACAAAGAGGUUGAAUAGAGUGAGAAACAUUUCAGUGAAGAUAAUAAUGAAAUAGUACCUAUGGAGUUCGAUUCCUUAUGUAGUGACCAGAAUGAGUCUGAAGUAGAGUUAUUGGCAAAUACUGACUCUAAACAAUUGAGUGAAAAUUCUGUGACGCACAGUUCUGAUAACAAGCUGUCUUCUGAUCCUGUUAUUGAGAAGAUUGAAACUGUAGCUCAACCAGCUGAGAGCCCAGUGGAUAAAGCCCCAAAACCUCGUACUCGAAUAUCUAGAUUCCAUUAUCCACCUACAACUUGGUCUCUCAAUAAAGAUGCUGCACAAGAGCAUGCUCAGUCUCCACCUCCAAAAAGAGAGACUGCAACAGAAAGUAAGAAUUCUCAGUCACCAUCACCCAAGAGAGAGUCUGCCAGAGGAUGGAGAAAAUCUCGUUCUCUCUCACAAAAAAAAAAAAAAAAAAGAAAAGAUGUAGCAAGAGAAAGGAGGCAGUCUCGGUUUCCAAAGAGAGAGAAUGCCAGGAAAGCUAAAAGGUCUGAGUCAGGCUCCCCAAGAAGAGAUACUUCUAGAGAGAACCAGAGGUCUCAGUCCAGAGUGAAAGAUUCUUCCUCAAGAGAAAAAUCUAGGUCCCGGAGCAGAGAAAGAGAAAGUGAUAGAGAGGUUCAGAGGAGAGAUCGUGACAGAGAGAGGAGAGCCAGAAGAUGGUCUCGGUCCAGAUCUUGCUCACGAUCGCCAUCAAGAGUAAGAACAAAAGGUAAGAGUUUAUCAUUUGGUAGAAAUGAAAGAGAUAAUUCCUCUCCUUGGUGGAAGGAAAGAUAGACAAAUGAUGGUUGGAGGUGUCCCAGAGGAAAUGACCGGUACCAGAGGAAUGAUUCAGAGAAACAGAAUAAAAAUACAAGAAAUGAAAAGAAUGACAUCACUGCAGAUACUAAUGAUCCAAGUUCCACAGAUAAGCAUAGAAAUGACUGUCCCAGUUGGGUAACAGAAAAAAUAAACUCUGGGCCAGAUCCAAGGACCAGACAUCCAGAAAAGUUAAAAGAUUCCCACUGGGAAGAAAAUAGAAAUGAAAAUUCAAGGAAUGCUUGGACUAAAAACUUUGGCUCAGACUGGAUGUCCAGCUGUGGUCGAGGUAGCCUUGGGAAAGGUGCUUACAGAGGUAAUUUUGCCUGGAGUGACCAGAGCGAGAACAGGUGGCAAAGCCAUACACCCCUCUCAGGGAGUGACUCGUUCAAGUCUGUGGAGCAGCAGCCCUUUAAGCGGAAAAGUGAGCAAGAACUGUCCUUUGGCACACCAGCCGACAGGUCAGGGUGGACUUCUGCAUCUAGUUGGGCAGUAAGAAAGACUCGGCCAGCAGAUGUGCAGAACUAUUACUCUCGGCGCGGCAGGAAAUCUUCAGGUCCACAGUCUGCGUGGAUGAGACAGGAAGAGGAAACACCUGAGCAGGAUUCUAACUUAAAAGACCAAACAAAUCAAGUUGACGGUUCUCAGCUGCCUACAAAUAUGGUGAAUGUCCAGCAUCAGCCUCUGGGUAUGAUCCCAUACCCAGUGGGUGUUCACGCUCCUAUGAUGAACAUGCAGCGGAACCCAUUCACCAUGCACCCUCCAAUGCCCCUGCAUCUCCACAUAGGAGUACCUCUCAUGCAGGUAGCAGCUCCUGCAAGAAUACCUCAGGGACUUCCAGCACCACCUCCUCCCCCGCCAUCCCAGCCGGUCAGCUACAUCGCAUCACAACCAGAUGGGAAACAAGUGCAAGGCCUUCCAAGUGCUUCUCAUGUAAGUAAUAACAUGAGUACACAAGUGUUGCCUGCUCCGUCAGCAGCCCCAGCAAACAUGAGAUCGGUUCAGGGACCAAGUUCUGGUAAUACUUCAUCAUCAAGUCAUGUCCAAGCCUCUAGUGCUGCUGUAAAAUUAGCAGAAAGCAAAAAAUUGCAAAUUCAAGAGAAAGCAGCACAGGAGGUGAAACUGUCUAUUAAGCCAUUUUAUCAGAAUAAAGACAUCACUAAGGAAGAGUACAAAGAGAUCGUGCGGAAGACAGUGGACAAAGUUUGUCAUAGUAAGAGCGGAGAAGUAAAUUGUACGAAAGUGGCAAAUCUAGUUAAAGCAUAAGUAGACAAGUACAAAUACUCACGGAAGGGAAGCCAGAAGAAAACUCUGGAAGAACCCAUGUCUACCGAAAAAAAAAAAAAAAAAUAUAGGCUGACAGGAGGAGCACUGUCAUGGACACUGUCGCGAUGUCUGUAA